AAAAAAAAAAAAAAAAAAAUAAUAAUAAUAAAAAGACUUUAUAAUGUCAACUCAUUAUGAGAUAUUACAAGUAAGCGAAACAGCUUCGUUAGAUCUUAUUAAACAGCGUUUUCAACAGUUAAUAUUAGAACAUCAUCCUGAUAAAAGUAAAUCAAAUGAUGACACUCGGGCUCACAGAAUUUUAAAAGCAUGGGAAGUAUUAAGGAAUCCGACAAGCCGUAAGAAUUAUGACAUCGAACUUCAAAGUCAACGAAACAAAAAGGAUUUAGCUAUAGGAGCUGAAGUUGAUUUGGAUGAUAUGGAAUACAACGAAGAUGAAGGAUCAUAUUCGUAUGUUUGUCGUUGUUCAGGUGAUUACAUAAUCACAGAAGAAGAAUUAAAUGAAGGCAUCGAAGUCAUUGGCUGUAAUAAUUGCUCAUUAAAGAUUCGAGUUUUAUAUGACGUUGUUGAGAGUGAUGAAGAAUAAGAAAUGGACCAUAUUUAUAUUAUGAUUUGAUAAUAAUUAAAAUAGAUGACAAAUGAUAGUAUAGAAUUUAUUUUUAUUUUGUAAAAGAGAAUGAGGAAUCAUUAGAUGAUUUCUUCAAAUGAAAAAAAAAAAAAGCCAACAAACAAACAAACAAACAAACAAUUUUUUUUUAACUGUUAUUGCUUGCAUUCACUAUUUUAAUU